AUGUCUUUCACGCGUGAGGACGCAGACAUUGCGCACGCAUUACAUGAAGCUUACCCUGGACGAGCGCAACACUAUGGAGGCGAUGCAGGACUGGAACGAGAAUAUAAUGCCUUCCGUACGCAGGACGAACAGCGACGACUCCAGCAACAGCAGCAGCAGCAGCAGCAAAGCGAGGCUAUAGAAGAAGCAGAGGAGCCCGCCGAGCCUAUCGAGCAGAUUGAAUCUCACCACGAUGGCCGACACAUGUCCACCGUCACCAGCGGCUCCUCCAUCUCGUCCGUCGAGCGAGAAGAAAUCGGCGGCCAACCCCGAAUGCGAAAUCGACGGCUCGACUCCGCUGCAACUAUCACCUCUGGCACCUCAACCCAAGUCGAAGAUAAGAUCAUGAACUACCUCGACCGCCAUCCUACCGCUAUACAACGCAUCGGCGACCAUCGACUCCAGCACUCCCUCACCGUCGGCACCACUAAGACCGGCACCUCGCAAGCGGCAAAACUGCCCAAUUUCGGUGGCGGGAAGCCUUAUCCACAACCGCUGCCGGAUCGCGAGGAGUAUGUUGUCGAGUUCGAUGGGCAUGACGAUCCUAUGCACCCCCAGAACUGGCCGCUGAGGCAGAAAUUGAUUAUCGCUGGGAUUCUCAUCUUGAAUGCUUUCGGUGCUACUUUUGCUUCUUCCAUUUUCUCUUCGGCAUCUACGGCUGUGGCUAUGCAGUUUCAUGUCGGACGCGAAGUGGCUACGCUGGGGACCUCGCUGUUUGUGCUUGGCUAUGCUUUUGGGCCGAUCAUUUUUGCUCCGAUGUCUGAGUUGUAUGGGAGGAGGCUGCCGUUGAUCAUUGCUGCGUUUGGAUUCGGUAUCUUCAAUAUCGCUGUCGCCGUUGCCAAGGACUACCAGACCUUGAUGAUUUCCCGCUUCUUCGCCGGCACUUUCGGCUCAGCACCACUUACUAUCGUUGCGGCUGUCUUCUCCGACAUGUUUAGCAAUGAAGUCCGUGGUAUCGCCGUCGCCCUCUUCUCGGCGACGAUUAUGGGCGGUCCCUUCAUGGGGCCAUUCAUUGGCGGUUUCAUCACCAAAUCAUACCUUGGUUGGCGCUGGACUGCCUACAUUCCAGGUAUUAUAGGAUUGACUGCUUGUGUUCUCGCAGCUUUCUUCCAAAAAGAGACCUAUGGUCCGGUGAUCCUUGUGGAAAAGGCUUCACAACUCCGCCGUCUCACUAGGAACUGGGGUAUCCAUGCUAAGCAGGAGGAGGUCGAGGUCGACAUUAAGGAAUUACUAAGCAAAAAUUUGUCUCGUCCUAUCAGGAUCCUCUUCACCGAGCCGAUCAUCCUGAUCAUCACGGUCUACAUGUCCUUCAUCUAUGGCUUGCUCUACCUCAACCUCACCGCCUACGGCAUCACGUAUGGUCAGAUCUACGGCUUCAGUUUGGGAGUUAGCGGGCUGCCAUACUUUGCUCUGCUCAUCGGCGUGGUUGUUGGUGUGAGCAUUGUCGUAGGCAUGAACGGUGGCUACGUCAAGAAGCUGAAAGCGAACAACAAUAUCCCGGUGCCGGAGUGGAGGUUGCCGCUUGCUAUGGCGGGUGGUAUUGUCUUCGCGAUCGGCCUCUUCUGGUUCGGCUGGGCAGGGUAUAACAAGAACGUCAGCCCAUGGGCAUCGAUCGCCGCGGGCCUGUUCAUUGGGUUCGGCAUCUACACCGUCUUCUUGCAAUGUCUAAACUACAUUAUCGAUUCUUACCUCAUGUUCGCCGCAUCUGCCAUCGCCGCCAACACCAUCAUGCGAUCCAUCUUCGGCGCCGUCUUCCCGCUCUUCGCAACAUACAUGUUCGAAGGCAUCGGCAUAAACUGGGGCAUGACCCUCCUCGGCUUCGUCGCCACGGCCUUCAUCCCCGUCCCUUUCAUCCUCUACGCCAAGGGUAAAAGUAUCCGAGCUAAAUCCAAGUUCGCUCCGGCGUUGGAUAUCCAGCAGGAUAAGCGGAGGGAUGAGGAGGCUAGGAUGGGUGGGGAUGUUGGGGGUGAGGGUGAGCAGCAGAUGGUGGCUGCAGGUGGGGCUGGUCCACCACAGCAGGAGGAGGAACAGGAUGAUUCGAGUGGGACGGCUUUUGAGAAGGAGGGUGCUAAUGGUAGUAGGGUUAAUAGUAAGGAUCCGGAGAAGGAGGGGAAGGAGGUUUGA